ACCUUAUCUUUAUUUCAAUUUGUGCGCUGCUUUCAUAUAUAUGUUGAUGUGACUACUAGUAAUAUAUAACACAGGUGCACAGGGCAUUUUAUAUUGUUCGGCUGAAAAUAAUCUUACCUCUGUGUAAAUUAUUGGUAUCGUCCAAGUUUGUGAAUGUGAAAGAAAUUCAGGUGAUAUAUUUACACUGACGGUGAAUUUGUGACUGUAAUUUUUUUAAAACACCAAUGUCCACAAUGAAGAAAAUACUGUUUUUGACUUUACUUUUUGUUGUUGCUGCGUGUGAAGCCAAAAAACACAAGAAAGAUGGCCACCACAAGAACUCGCAUCACAGAAAAGGCUGGCUCAACAUCAAAGAAGUUUCUGGAUGCAACUGCUCUGUACAUCAGAUCUGUAUUUCUGGUCCAGCCACAAGUUCCAAACCGACCUGCGUUAACAGACACUUUCUAAACGAGGGACAGCGACUGUUUCGAAAGUUCCAUCAUCACAAGGUUGAAGAGGCAAAGUUCCUGAAGGAGCGACCACUACCACACCUACGUCCACUUCUCGACACGCCCGCUGAUCUACCCCAUGGGCUUCGCAUCAGCGUCCAUGCAAAGCACAAACAUUACAAUGACGCAAAGCCAAAGGAAGAAAUUGUGCGUGCCUGGAAACAUCAUAGUGGUAUCAAAAAACAUGAACACACGUGCACCCUCAGUGAUCUGGAUGACAUGCGUGAGCGACUCACCGGCUGGUUCCGCCUACUGCACGCUGUCGACAACCGCAAACACCCACACCAUCACCGUCUCCACCGCAAACACCAUGGACAUCAGUCAGUCAAGAAGGAACUCCGACACCAUCAUGAGGGUCGGUGCCGGUGUCUGAAGUCUGUGAUGUGGGAGAUGCGACACCUGGACACAAACAAGGACCACCACCUGAGUCAGUCGGAACUGGACGUCAUCGAGAACAACGGUCGGGAGCCGUGCCUCACGCCCUUCCUCCUGUCAUGUGACCACAACCGUGACAGCAGACUCUCGCGCAACGAGUGGUGCUGCUGUUACGCCGAUGUUUUGCCACCAUGCUUUGAGAAAUUAAGACAAGUGCAUAUUUUGCUGAAAUCUAACUCUGAAUCGUAUGUUCCACGUUGCGAUAAGGAAGGUUUUUUUGAGAAGGAGCAGUGUUCAGGCAAUUCAUUCGACACCAAGACAUGCUGGUGUGUUGAUCUCAAUGGAAAUGAGGUCGCAGGCACACGUUCUAGGGUCAAGGCCCAUUGCAGAAACAUUGACUUACUUGGACAUAAGAGGAACUAAAGAAGAGACUGCAUCAUCUAGCUGUUAAAAACAUCCUGAAUAAGAGUUUACAAUAAUCAAACUAUUACCUACCAAUUUCUUUGAAUUGAAUCACAUUAGAAUUUUAAAGCAUUACAGAAACUAUAUUGAAUUUCUUUUUUCUAUUAGAUAAGCUGGAACACUGUUGGAAUGGUAAUAGAAAGUUUGCUUUUCUAUGUUUUAAAUAAUCUGUUCCAGAAAGUUAAAACUAUAUUUAUGGGGGGGGGGGUUGACAAAAAAUAUGUAUAUUGUAAUAAUAUGCAUAAAAAUUUGCUGAAAUAAUUUUCAGAAUGCAAAACGAAUGUAAUGUCAAUAUUGUUCAAAAUUAAACAUGGUAAAUUUAUGUAUCAGUGGCUGAUUAAUUUCAGAACUUAACAAUUAUAUAAGGAAACUAUGGCUUGUAAACAAAAGCUACUUAUAUGAUGGGUCACAAAAGGAAUUCACCUACUGACAGAUGUUUUUGUAUUUUCUGAUGAAAGUCUAUGCAAUGAUUUGAUACUAACUGCUAAUGUACUUAGAAUUUACAAGGUGUGAUCCUUUUGGAUAAUAAUAAUAAGAUUAUAGACGAUAAUUAGACGUGAGAAUCAGUUGGUUGUUGGUAGGCAGGGAUUUCACCAGAAGAUAAUAUAGUUUAUUGCUAGCUCAGUUAUUUUUUAUUGAGCUAUGCUUGAUUGAAUCUCUGUUUUGGGUCCUCCAUAUCCAUUCAUUUCGCAAGAAAUGUUUACACAAAUAGUUUCAGCAGUACUGAUAUAUUGUCCAAAUAUUUGCUUCAAAACUCAUUUGAUUGCCUUAGUUUCAGACUGUUACUAUAAGUUUAUAACUUUUAGAACAGUUUCACAACAUAUAUUUGUUACAACUGAAAAAUAUAUUUUUGUUUUAAAAUUUGGAAGAACCCGAAGCAUAAAAUUAAUUAAGUAUGAGUUUAUUUGGUGCUGUCUUUAUAUGUAAUUUUCUUAUGUUGUAAACUGAAUCCUUUAAAUUGAAUUUGUCACGAAAAGUGUCAUACUGUGCGUAAGCCGUCAGAAAGACGAUAGGUUUUGUUUAAGCAGUAAGCCAUCUACAAGUAGGAUAUUAUCAUCGUUUUACUCAAGGCAUACAGCUAAGGAGGAAAUGUGUAGUUACUUUUACUUUGUACUCGAAUGUAUGUUUUAUUGUACAUUUAUCAGCUGCUUUUUUUUUUCAAUAAUGUUGCUUUUGUAAAUUAGAUUACAUCUGUUUUGGUGGCGUUUUCUUUUAUUUUUACCUUUUUGUGUAUGUGUACAUAUAUCUAUAUAUACACACACAUCAUUUGAGAGAUAUUCAUACAUUUAUACAUUAAAACUUUAUUGAUAUAUAUAUUACACUGCAGAAUCUUGUUUUAUAGUUUUGAGGAUGUUUAUGGCAUUUAUGGUUUUGUUUGAGUUUAAUGUUUUUAAUAUAUUUCUGUCCAACUUUCAAAAAUCAGCAUUAAUGUGUGCAUGUAUGUUAAAGCUGCUGUCUCCAAUGAUUAUAAUUCCGUUUGUAUUUUCUAUCAGAAAAUGAUAAUUCUACAACCACACAAAAUUAUUUUUGAUCAUGUUAUGUCGUUUUAAUCAAUUAUAUUUUUAAAUAUGUGAUUCAUAAUUUUAUUUAUGGAAGAACUCCAAUUGGGUUUUGAAAAUGGAGAUUGCAGCUUUAAUAUUUUAGAUAUUAAUGUACGUAAGCAUUAUAAAAUAGAUUUUACAAGAAAGUAUUGAUGUUUUAAGUUUUUUACUGAGUAAAACUAAAAUCAUGUAUUUUUAAGCAUUAAAUAAAAUUAGAUGAGAUGUACUUUAUCUCUGUACCAGAAAUUGUUAUGAUAGUACAUAUAUGUAUAUGAAUUUAAAACCGGUCUGUCAUGUAGUAGAGACCAAAGGAAAACUCAAGGGUUGUUUUAUACUUGCCAAUUCUCUGAGAAUUGAAAAAUUGUGUAACACAUUUAUGGAAAAUGAGUUAUACAAAUAAAGACAUGGGUGAGCGAAAUGAUUGUUAGCUCGAUAAUUUCAAGCUAACAAUCAUUCGAGAGACUUGCAGGAAGUAAAGUUUUUCUUUCUGAUCUUUAGAAACAAUAGAUUAACCAUUGAUAAAACCUGCUCUUUACUCGUCGCAAUUGUGCUAAUAUAGUUAUCGUUAACGCCUUGAAUGAUUAAAAGGGAAAUAAGGAAAGGUAAAUAAGAUGUAAAAAAUAAAUUUGGCAAAAAUAUCAAAUACACAUGUAUCUUGGAACGGUGGUUUUUAUUAAAAGGUAAUUGGCAGGUAUGCAGCUUCUUCUUUCUUCCCUCCUUUUUGUUGUUAGGGAUUUGCUAUUCAGAAAUAUUUAGAAUAAUUUAUACAAUGUUUUAUUUGAUAAUGAGUUUACAAACAGAUUUUGUGUGUGCUUUUGGAUGUCUUUUUAAAAUGUUUUAUUGUGACAGAUUGCCACAAAUAUUUCCAAUCAUCUUUGGACAUUCCACUUUGUGAAACUAUACAGAUUUUAGUUGUGAUUUGAUAUUUUGGUUGUGUUCACUUAUAAAAUAUUUUGGAGAGAGGGUUGUUUAUGCAUUUUCUGUAUUGAAGGCAUUGUGGGUAAUAUUUUAUUAUACUAAAUGAGCAUUAACAACAUUCUCAACUUGAACAUAAGUUUGGGGGAAGGGGUAGAAUUAAUUAAAUUUGAAAAAAACCUUGAUGUAGAAAAAAAUAUUUUAAUUUCAGUGUUAUAUUAUUAUUAUUAUUAUUUUUUAUUUUUAUUUUUAAUUCUAUUUAGAAUUGUUGGGUAAUUUAUAAUAUGUGCAUGUCAUAUAUAUUGUCUGGUCAUAUUAUGUUUGCAUAUAGACUUUGGUGCACAUCGUAAAAUAUUAACAUCUUUUACAUUUAAUGGCAAAUGCGUAUUACAGUAAGCUUAUAGUUAUUGCUUUCUAAUAGUAAUUUCUAUGGUGCUGAUUCUUAUGAGUCUAAAACCUUUCUUCCUAUACUUAAUGGAAUAUCUUAUGAUAAAUAUUUAAAAAAAAAAAAUUUUGUUUUCUUAAAAGCUUUUUUUCAUUUGAUCUACAAUGGCUUUUAAAAUUCUUAUUGUCUUAUGUUUAAUUUAGUCAAGAAAGCAUUAAAAAUAGAAGAAAAUAUACAGAAAUGUAUUAUGUAUUUUUAUUUGACACUGAAAUAAUGUAUAUUUAGGGUUCAUAUACUUCGAAAGAUCUGUAAACGGUUUGUUCAUGCAUGUGAAGAAAGUUCACAUCUCAAAGUCAAAUGCAGAAAUGGAAGUCAAAGAUUUAUGGUUUCAAAUUUAACUAAAGUAAAACAAUUGCACUUGCUGUUUGGUAAUGCAGUUACUUUUAAAAAAGUAUUUAACACAGCAGAUUAGAUAUUAUUUCUAUGCAAAGUCAUCAUUGCCACACACGCACACCUCCACUGGUUAUCAUCUAUCAUUUGUGGGUGCUAUUUCCAUUUCUUUCUUUUCUUUAUUAGU